AUGCAGCCCGCGGGCUCCCCGCUGCGGCUCCUCUUCCUCCUCUCGCUGGCCAGGGCGAGCGGGGCGGCGGCGGGAGCAGAUAAAAACUGUAGCCAUUUGAAGGAAAUGGAUGUCAUCCAAAAACCAGAUGCAGAUUGUUACUGUUAUAUGCAAAAUGGAACAAUGCACUUAAAAUAUAUUUGGUCAGCUCUUCAGGUGAAAAUUAACAGCACAGAAAUGUUCAAGUUUGUGCCUAUCACAGCUGAAAGCAAUUGUCAUAAUUCAGAAACUAUUUUUGCAUUUUUCAAGUGUAUUGUUCAAAUCAUUUGGCAAUCAGAGGCAUCUAAAGAAACUGUCAUAAACAUAAACCAAUAUGGAGAGAAUACGUGUUUCACAGUCCAACCCUACAAGAAAGUACCCUACACCGUGAGUGUACAACGAAACAUGGUGGAUAGGAAACUCAUCCUUUUGUUCGUAGCUGGUGUUUUUCUGUUCCAUUUUGCAAACGCCUUGAGUAGGAGUGCUAUGUUCUAUUACUCUGCUGGAGUGGCAUUGGGUGUUCUUGCUACGCUAGUCUUUCUCCUGUUGACACUUAAAAGAUUUAUUCCAAAGCACAGCACCUUUGGGAUUUUAAUGAGUGGCGGCUGGAUGUCCUCUCUCUACUUUAUUUACUGUUUGAAAGGGGAAAUGAAGUGGCUGUGGUCUGAAUAUAGAAACUACUUACUGGGGUAUUUUCUGACUGUUGGAUUUAUCAGCUUUGUGGUUUGUUACAAGCAUGGACCACUUACCAAUGAGCGAAGCAUAACCCUCUUGACGUGGACAUUACAAUUAAUAGCCUUUGUCUUGAUUUAUUUUGGUGUCACCAUCCCACAGGUUGCAUAUGCAGUAAUAGCUAUCAUCCUCUGUUCAAAAGGCCUGUGCUAUCCCUUUGGCAUGGUCUGCUUUGUGGGCAGAAAAAUCAAGAAUUUUUUUAAAUCAAAAAAACUAGUGUUUCGGCUUCUUACUGAAGAAGAAUACAGGGAGCAGGGGGAAACAGAGACUGUGAAAGCCUUGGACGAGCUACGCUCAUUCUGCAGGAGUCCAGAUUUCUCAUCCUGGUUAGCCGUGUCCAAACUCCAGUCCCCUAAAAAAUUUGCAAACUUUAUUUUGGGAUCUCCCCACGUGUCACCUGCAGAAGUGAACGCAUAUGAUGAGCUAUAUGGCAUUGGAGGCUCCUUCUUGGAACAGCAGCUCUUUAGCAUAGAGCCAGAGCAGAACCGACUAGCUAAUUCCAUUCAGGAGGAUGAUUAUGAAGAAGAUGAUGAAAUGCAGGAACAAAACGAAAGUGAAAAUGUUUCAUACUCCAACAGUAUUGGAUUAUUCUGAACCAUUUGGAAAAUCCCCUGGAAGGAAAGAAAAUGAAAUCAAGUUGGAAAGGAAGGCUACCUAGGCUAAAUGCGUGCUGUUUCAGAGAGCCCUACUUCCGACUUGGCUGUAGAGGGCAACCAAGAUUCUUUGAAGGAUUUAUUCCAGCUUCACUGUUCAAAACAGUAGUAAGUUGCUUGGUUUCUUAAGAGAAUGUUACGUUCAUGUAGUUGGUAUUUUGUUACCUCACCUGUUUAUUUACAGGGCAGGUACCAGGCAGCAGCAGUGCAAACUUGUCCCACCACUGUACCUCAACUCCCUUGAACAGACUGCCUCUAUAGAGGUCUGUUCUCUCUCCAUGCCCUCAGUGCUGGGAGUGCCAGAUGAAGAGGAAGUCAUUUAUGAUGCACUUUUACUAAGUGCUCUAUCUGCUAAUAAAUUCCUUUGAACUCCUUUCCUAAGGUGUCUUGCUUACCGCUCUGAUCCCUCCAUCUCACCUUCCAUGAGUUUUAAGUUCUUCACCCUCUCCUUGAGAGCCCUGCACAACUGUGCUCCUCUGCUUUCAUUGCUCUUCCCUUAGCCUUUCU